AUGGACGAAACGGCUCCACUGAGUGCGGAUUCUAUCAAAUUGCUGGCACCUACACUAAUAAACUUCAACGAUAACCUCAAAGGUCAAUCAGAACUUGUUGUCGAAGAAACUACAGAUGAAGAUAUACCAAAGUCAUAUCAUCACAUAGUGGAAAUUCAUCAGCGGUCGAUUGAGCAACAACUGCGACCACUCGUCACCUAUACUGGCGAUUCGGACUCCAAGAGGAAACUCGGUCAGUUUACUUUAGUAAGGCGCAUCGGUAAGGGUCAGUAUGGCGAUGUUUACAUGGCAAAAUCCGCUAUUGGAGAACACGUCGCUGUGAAAUGUAUUUCGAAAAGACCCAAAAAGCCCCAACAGUAUUCAAUGAAUCAAGUCAUGCGACAGAUGCGACGUCAAAAAUCUCUAGGUAGGAGAUCUAUGAGCAGCGAUGAAGCAAUUAUAGAAAUGAACAUGAAUAAAAUACGAUGGGAAAUAUUUGUCGCUAGCCGUCUAAAACAUGGCAACGUUUUAGAAAUAGUUCAAUGUCUUGACUCUCCAAUGAGCCAAGAAAUCUGGAUCGUAUCUCCCUGGGCGACUUUGGGUGAAUUGAAGUGGAAGCGGCGCUCUAAAUUGGAUACCUUAGAGCAAUGGGAUGUCGUUUUACAGCACAAGACAAACACAAUUGAAUUCGCCGAAUACGUGUUACGCAGUUUAUGCGAUGGACUAUUGUAUUUAUCGGAACAGGGAUGUGUGCAUCGUGAUAUCAAACCGUCCAACAUUCUUGUGAACGGGCAAAACGGCAGAGUUAUGCUGUCAGAUUUUGGAAGUUGUGUAUUACUUCCAAACAAGUUGCCUUUUAAAGACACCAGAAUAAAGCCGGCUUAUCAAGAAGAGCUUCAUAAGAUUGCAGGGACUCCCGCUUUCACGGCGCCCGAGCUAUGCAAUUUCGAGGAACAGGACGUGAACAUUGACGGAUUUCAGUUAGAUGUCUGGGCUCUCGGCAUCACAAUAUAUUGCCUGCUCGAAAACAGCUUACCUUUUUGGGGUGAGAACGAGUUCGAUACUUUUCAAAAGAUCGUAAGCAACAAGUUGUCGCAUCGUGGCGACUGGCUGCACGAAGUGGUUGUCUCUAAGCUCUUGCAUAAAGACCCUUUACAACGAAUAAAAAUCAACGAGCUUUACGCUCUUCUGCAAAAUCCCAAGAAAGAAACCGGUGUUAGACGCUUCGUAUCGAAACUGCGAAAGCUAAGUAUGAAGAGCAAAAAGAAAGAUAAGUGUAGCAACGACAGGCAGUCCGAUCAAGUACCGACUGCUCCCGAAAUCGAGUUUUCCGAUAUAGACUCUGACUUAUCGUUCGCAGGAUCAUCGUUUGAUGAGCCGGUACAAAUUCCCGGGUUCAUGGCCGCCGACACGAAGACUACAACCGCUGAAGUGGACACUGACUCUCACGCAUCGCACGAAGAAACUAACCCUUCCCUUUCAGAACCUUCGUACCAAGAUGCGACGAGUACACCGCCGCGACUGAAACUAACUCACGAGCACAACACUCGCGACACCAGCCCGUCACCCAUCAAGAUCGAUACACCGCUCAAGAAUUUAAUCCGAACUCAAAAUACGCCAGAAUCUCAGAGGAUCAGCAAGUCUGCUGAGACACCGAAUUCGAAAUUGAGAAGUAAAGCCAAUGCGCAACAUAAUCCGCAACAUAAUAAUACCAACAUCUUGGCAUCGCGGGGAACACUAGAUUUUAAAAAAUACUUUAAUUCACCUUCGAAGAGCGGGAAAUCUUAUGAAGACCGCACAAACAGGUCAUCGCACAGCUCUAACACAAUGGAGGACAUUCGCAAGUACCUUAAAUAUGCGGAUGGCUAG